AUGUCGCCUAACAUCUCACAUCGUCGUCAUCCUUCGGCUCCUCCAGCAGUCGUAGUUCAAGCCACGAAAACACCUGGCUUGCUUUUCAUUUCAAAGCAGCCUUCACGACCUUCAACUCCUCGUAAUCAUCAACAGCUUCCUCAGAGUCAUCAGAAACAGCAUCGGUCUCCAAAGCCGAAACAGAAACAGCUUGUCCCUCAGUCACAGGGCCGUGCAACACAGCCUCCAAUUUCCGAGUCAUCCGAUGAACCUACCAAGCCUCCUACCCAGAAAAGUCAUCCCGAUGUUGUCUCGAAGCUAGCUGUUCAUCCGGCUACGUCAUCGCCGGACAAGGCUGUACGAGGUAGACAAUGCAAGGCACCUAAAGAUAAGGGAACGACGAGGAGCUCUUCUUCGAAUGCGCAAGCGCGACGCAGCAACAUCCGUCAACCUUCACCACCUAUUCUCUCGCAGGCUGAGGGUACCACUUCUUCGACACAAACUUUUGGCCGUCACAACAACAAUCCCGCAUCCAACUCUUUUGAUCCCUUCGUUGUCAGUUCCGAUUCUGAUUCGGACAACUCGCUUCCAUCCAUGACUUUGACGCCCAAGAAUCCUUCUUUGCAAACUCCUUCCCUGUCAUCUCAACCUACAGGAAAACUCGCUGCUCGUCGCCGUCGCCCUUUCCCGCAGCAAAUUGCCACACCUACCCCUUCCAUUCGAGCAGUUCCUGUCCCUAGAUCUAAUAUUCAGUCCACUCGCCACAGUAUCUCUCGUUCAGCUCCGAGCCAAUCUGCUGCACCACUCAGAACCGCACGGCGCAUUUCCGCUGGUUCUGCCGCAGAUUUCCCAGUUUGUGACGACACCACUGAUGUUGAUGAUGAUCAUUCUCCUCUAUCAACCCCCACUCGCGAGAGAUCUGCUGGGACCUGGCAGCAACUUGUAUUUGAGGAAAGCCCCCGUACAGCACCGCUCAAUACGAGCGCAGGGUUUCCGUUUGGUGGGCGGUUGAACUGCAACACUCCGUCUCCAUCCCGCAAACAUUACAGGACGCCCAGUGAUGGUAUUUUUCACAUGUCCUUGGACGAGGACACGGCAUCGACUUCUGAUGCUUCUGAGGAGCAGAAGAAGUUGUUUGGCUUCAUGCCAAGGAAGCCUGGUUCAGUUGGACCAAGCGUCACCCGCGCUGUUAAGGACAAGGCUGGGUUCUUUGCGAGUUCAGUGUUCCAAAACUCGCCGAGCCCCGACGAGUUGCCUCCGCCCGCUUUUUGA